AUGUCAACUGCUAGGGGCAACGCCGAGGUACCAAGUCCAAGAAGUCCACUGACCUUCAGUGGAAUCGAGGAUCUUGUUACAUUCAUCAUCGGGCCUCUCAAAAGAAGAGUCCAGCUCCACAAGAAGUUUGUAUGUCACCAUUCCCCUAUCCUGGAGGCUGCCUUCAGUAGCGGCUUCCUCGAAGGAUCGACGCAGACUUACGAGCUCGACAACGUCACCGAAUCAACAUUCGCGCUGUUCUGCCAAUGGAUAUACACGCAAAAGAUGGAUAGCACGUCGACCGUCAAGCUCAAGUCCUUGGAUCUCGUUGGCCUCUGGGUUCUAGCCGACAAGUUCCUCAUUCCUCGUCGACAGAACCGCAUCAUGGAUCUUAUCGACGAGAUCGGUCGCACGGGAAUUGUCCCCGCCGCAAUUGCAUAUGUCUACCAUAAUACCCCGAUCGACAGUCCUCUCCGCAAGGUAUAUGUCAGCCAGGCUACAUGGGCAAGUAGAAGCUCAUUGUUCGUGGAGUUUGCAUCAGUGCGUCCAAAGGACUUUGUGCUGGAUGUGGCAUGCGCUUGUCGGACUAUCAUGAUCAAAAGAGAGAUCUUCGGUAUCGACGGUCAGGAGGGUAUCUCGCGGAAAAUCACCGAUUACCAUGUCAAGGAGCACUAGGAGCAAAGGUUUCGGCUCAUCUGGGGACGUGUGCCAGAUUUCACGACGGGUCUACAUUCAAUAGACUUGUUGCAUUUUCUCGGAUUAAGUUCUAAAGCCUUGGAUUUAAAUCAGGUCUCAGAGCCGGUGCUGAGGUCGGCAUUGAAAACGAACUUGGGAUUGCUUUUAUUGUGGUGGGAAAUUUAAGGCAGGUGCAUU